UCGGGCUGCGCUGGGUCCCUUGGCAAACGGGAGCUGCAGGCACUUUCCACCGGGGCAAGGACACAGCCCGUGCCUGGCACUUCAUCGGAGCCUGAGGGCAGACGCCGCUGUCGGACCCACUAAUCUACCACCCUGCAAAAAAACCCAGGCAGCGAGGGGUGGCCGAUGGGCCCUGUCUUCAGUGGGGACCAGGGCACUAUGGCACAGUCCGUCUCUGCCUUCCAGGCUGCCUACAUCACCAUCGAAGUGCUGAUUGCCUUAGUGUCCGUGCCAGGGAACAUCCUGGUGAUCUGGGCUGUCAAGAAGAACCAGGCUCUGCAGGAUGCCACCUUCAGCUUCAUCGUCUCGCUGGCCGUGGCUGACGUGGCAGUGGGCACCCUGGUCAUCCCACUCGCCAUCGUUAUCAACAUUGGGCCGCGGAUGGAGUUCUACACCUGCCUGAUGGUGGCCUGCCCCGUCCUCAUCCUCACCGAAAGCUCCAUCCUGGCUCUGCUGGCUAUCGCUGUGGAUCGCUACCUGCGUGUGAAGAUCCCCCUAAGGUACAAGAAUGUAGUGACCCCCAGACGAGCAGCUGCAGCCAUCGCUUGCUGCUGGAUCGUUUCCCUGCUCGUGGGACUGACCCCCAUAUUUGGCUGGAACAACCUGAACAAGAUGAGGAGGACUCAGGAGGCAAAUGCCAGCCACACGGCAUUCGUCAUCAGGUGCCAGUUCGAGAACGUCAUCAGCAUGGAGUACAUGGUCUAUUUUAACUUCUUUGUCUGGGUGCUGCCUCCCUUGCUGCUGAUGCUCAUCAUCUACCUGGAGGUCUUCAACCUGAUCCGCAAGCAGCUCGACAAGAAGGUCUCCUCCAACUCAUCGGAUCCUCAGAAAUAUUAUGGGAAGGAGCUGAAGAUUGCCAAGUCCUUGGCACUGGUCCUCUUCCUGUUUGCACUGAGCUGGCUUCCGCUGCACACGCUCAACUGCAUCACCUUGUUCUGCCCGUCCUGCCAGACUCCCAGCAUCCUGACAUACGUUGCAAUUUUUUUGACUCAUGGCAACUCGGCCAUGAACCCCAUCGUCUAUGCCUUCCGGAUCCAAAAAUUCAGGACCACGUUCCUGCAAAUCUGGCACCAGUACAUCUGCUGUGAAACCGACAAUACUAACAACCUGGACAACACCGAGCUAGGCAACUGGCCACUAGAGAGAGCAGGGACCGUCCCAGAUGUGCCGUACCUUGAUUUACAAAAGCCCCUUUAAUGUCUAAAGAGCAAACUUGGCUUCACCCCCUCCACACAAUCGUAAAUGACUGGUAUGGGGAAGGGGCACCAACGACCCCAGAGACCUGAGAUGGUCAGACCAAGCAGAUGUUUACCUGAGCUAGCAUAGAGCAUUAUUUAUUCACAGCCGUUGUACUGUUCUGAUAUUGUAGCCUGCACUGUUCUUUUUUUUUCUUUCUUUUUUUAGGGUGAAGUGUAUCUAGGUAUUCAAAGGGGAACUGUACAGACAAGGAUGUGAUUUACCUUUAACUCAAAUAAAAAAGGAAGACAGCAGCUCUGCAGCAUUACGGAUGGGUUCUCGCUCCCGGGGUCUCACUGUGGUGCUCACUCUUAAAACUGGCACAGCCAGAGGCUGCUCAAAUCAAAAAGGAUUAUGAGAUGGGAGAGGGGU